CAUCUUCCACGGAAACCCCCAUUUGUGUCCCAAAUCAACAUCUUGAGAAGAUGAGCGAUGACAUCCUGUACCAUUUUGCUCUGGGGACUGGCACCCAUGACUUCCCUGCCUUGUUUGGAGAUGUAAAGUUUGUGUGUGUUGGAGGAAGCCCUUCGCGAAUGAAAGCUUUUAUUACCUACAUAGCUGAAGAGUUGGGAGUUGGCAGCCCAGGCCAGGACUACCCCAAUAUCUGUGCAGGAACCGAUCGUUACGCGAUGUACAAAGCAGGGCCUGUGCUAUCCAUCAGUCAUGGAAUGGGGAUUCCUUCCAUUGCUAUCAUGCUGCAUGAACUCUUCAAGCUGCUGUGUCAUUCCAAGUGUUCCAAUGUAACCAUUAUUCGUAUCGGCACAUCUGGGGGAAUAGGUUUGGCACCAGGAUCUGUGGUGAUCACCAAGCAAUCUGUAGAUGCCACCUUCAAACCUCAGUUUGAACAGUUUGUUCUGGGAAAGCCUGUAUAUCGUAGCACAAACUUAGACGAGGAACUGGCUCAAGACUUGAUGGAGUGUGCCAAGGAACUGGAUCAAUUCAAAACAGUCUUUGGGAAUACCAUGUGCACUCUGGAUUUCUAUGAAGGCCAAGCUCGUCUUGAUGGCGCAAUCUGCUCAUACACUGAGGAAGAGAAGGCACAAUAUUUAACGGCAGCUUACAAGGCCGGAGUCAGGAAUAUUGAGAUGGAAUCCUCUGUUUUUGCAGCCAUGUGCAAUAUUAUUGGUAUCAAAGGUGCUGUGGUCUGUGUAACACUCCUGAACCGACUGGAGGGCGACCAAAUCUCCACCCCCCACGAUGUGCUGGGUGAAUACCAGAAGAGGCCGCAGAUAUUGGUGGGGCACUGGAUUAAGAAACGUCUUGGGAAAAAGUGACAUUGCCAUUUUUAGUUAGCUUUAUACUGUAAAUAAAUACAAAACUCAACAUUUCUUCAUUUUUGAAUUCAUGAUAAAUAACCUUGUAACUCAGGGGUGACAAGCUUUUUUGGGGCUGAGAGCACAUUUACCCCACGCUCAGGCUUCUGGGAAUGGCAUCUCAACGUAGGCAUGGUUGAGGUGUAAAAGGGGACAUGUGAUUUUAUUUUUUUUAAUGGGCAAUGUUAGAAAGCUUGGAAGGGGCAGAAAAAAACCUUUUAGAAUCACAGCAAGGAAGCCAGUGAGAACAGUAAAGGGAAAAUAAUUUUAAUCAAUUAAUUUAUUGAUUAUAAAUGGAAAAAUAGUUUGGUUUUACAGAGUUCUAACCCCAGCAGAAGAGACGUGUUGGUUAAACCACAGAGCCUAGGACUUGCCGAUUAGAAGGUCGGCAGUUCGAAUCCCCGCAGUGACGGGGUGAGCUCCUGUUGCUCGG